AUGACAUAUAAAGCGAAUUUGACUCAAUACCUGUCAAACGAGUUCAAGCGUUUGUAUGAAGAACCAUUCAAUACGGAUGUUACUGUUCAAGUUGGAGAAGAAGGACACUCGAAGAUCUUCCAAGCACACUG